AUGAACAGUGAGGAAUUGUCGUUCACGUCACCACCACCAGUUAACAGUAACCCUUCUUCUUCCACAGCAAAGACGUCGUCCACCACGGCACAACACUUGAGAUCUUCUCAAACGAGCUUAACUACAAUCGUAAAAGCUCAAAUUUCCUUUCUACUGUCUACUCUUUCCGUUGACAAUUACGUUCGUAACGUUGCAGAGAUUAAUUCCCUUUUAAACCAGCACGGUCAGGAUACACAUUUUCAUUUAUUGAGACGACUUUUGAUUGACAAUCAAACAAAAAUUUGCAACAUUCGUUCUCGUAAUUCAGACCUUUCUCUAAGUUAUCGUCUUUUAAUCGAGAAAGUUAAAGAGGCAGCUAGCGAUCCAGAAUUAUCUUCAGUUUUUUGUGAAGCUUUCAAUUCUAUAGAUCAUAGCGAUUCCUUUAAAGAUCUUGUCCUUGACAGCUUUUUAGAGCACGUUGGAAUUAAUCCUAUAGAAAAAGUUGGUCUUUGUAUUUCUUUAUUACCCGCUAGUAAAAAGGAAAUCGCCGAACAAGCACGUGAAAUUAUCAGUCAGAAUUUUGAUCCUCUUGUGAGGGCUUUAGAAGAUCAGACAAUUCAAUCUGGUUUAUCCGAUAAACUUCUUCAUCACUUACUUCUUUAUUUUAAAACAUACGAGGCCGAAAGUCGUAAUAUUUCAUCCCAACAAAACGAGGAAAUUCAAUCUGUACCAAUUGGUCUACUUCCACUUUUAAAUUCUAAUCAUACAAUAAGUUCUUUAAAAAUGGUUGAACCCUCUCUCUCUCCAAAUGGAUCAUCUAAAACUUCUUUGGUUAAACUUAUGCGUGAUGCAGGUUAUAAAUGUUGCAAUACUGAAAUCGCAUUUACUGAUAUUCUUAAUCAAUUGGGUGUAAAACCACUUUCUUCAGGAGAAAUUGUAGAAAUUAUUAAAGAAGAGGAUGUUGCUCAAGCCAUUGGAAUGAUGGUUCAGACGCAUUCCCACUUUGGAGGUGACAUCACAUGGAAUCAAUCUUCUAAUCCUGAAGAUAUUCAAACCUGGGAUGUAGAAAUAUUCGCAACAAAUUUAGCAGAUUCUGUUUUAAUAAAAAGUCUUGAUUAUUCAGAGUUUGUGGUUAAUGAUAUUAAAGGAGUAGAAAUAAUAUUAAAUAUUUAUAGAUUUGCAUCAAAGGCACAAGAAAAUUUUCCCUUAAAUGCGUUUUGGGGUCGAUGGAACAAUAUUAAUGGGCAAUUUAGUUUCUUGCGCCGUCUCGUACAAGCACCAUUAGAAGUGUUUAAUAUAAAUGAUUAUCCUGUUAAAAAAGUUUUAUCAUUAGAGGACUUUGCUACAGCAAGUGCUAAUCUUAAAUCUGUAGCCGGAGUGCUCACAUCUCAUCCAUGGAAUUCUUUGGAGUUGGUCGAAACAUUAAUCAAAUUGGCGGAUUCAGAAUUAUUCGAAGAAAUUAGAUCAUUAUUUGAAAAAGCAACAAAACAAACACCAGAAAUUGUGUGUCUAGGACUCGCUCAAGUUCAAAAACCAUGGAACACAUUGCAUCAAGAGCUUUUAAAUCGGUUGAUUUCAAUGUUUUUGGCCGGACAUUCAAGUUCAACUCCAGUUUUAACAAGGAUGUGGCAGGUCAAUAGCAAUUCAUUUAUCGAAGGUUGCCUUGAAAUGUAUAAUAAAGAUAACAUGACAAUAUCGAGAAUACUUGAUAUUGCACAAGACUUGAAAAUUUUAAAUCCACUUUUAGAAUUAUCUGAAUCAUCUCAAUCAUCUCAUUCAUUCUCAUUCUCAAUUGAUUUGGCAUCUCUCGCUUCUCGGAGAGAAUAUCUUAAUUUAGAAAAAUAUCUACAAGAUAACAUUAUUGAAUAUGGUGACUCAUUUAUCCAUGAAUGUAUGGAAUUCCUUAGUAAAAAAUUGGCUUUGGAAGUGGCACGUGAAAAUAAUAAUGGGACUCAAUCUGUCAAAUUGUCUGUUGACGUAGUAGCCAUAUUUAUACGGAUACUUCCUAAAAGGUAA